AUGGCGAGAUUCGCGAAAAUCUACCGACCCGUGAGCGCCACCAAGCCUCAAAGCCGAUUCGCAGAAGUCGAACUCGAGCAGGACUCGAGCUCGAAUGCCUCUACAAAGCCACUGACAUGGCCCGGGCCCUGGGGUCGGAUAGGAGGCCUGGCAGGCACAGCCAUCCUACUCGGCACGGUUCUGCAGCUCGGGACGUUUGGCUUCCUCGUCUUCCUCUGGACCGCACGCGGUUCCGAUCCCAGCGGAGCAAAAGCACCGUCGGUUUGGCGAGACAUCUUCCUCAAGGGCGCCGGCACCCGGGUGGUGACCGUUUGCGCCCUCAUCAUCCGCUCCAUCGUCGGGCUCCAGGCGACGGUCUGUACCGGCCUGGCAGCCGCGUUGGUCCUCGAGGCCCGGAACGUGGUGGACAUGAGCAACGCGGCUACGUUCUCGGUUCUGCGUGCUGUCAACGGUGGACCGAUUUCCUUCGUCACGCCGCUCGCUCGAACGCCGGCCAAGUUGUUCACGUCUUUCCCGGCGGUGUUGAUCCUCGUGAUCUGGCUGGGGUCCAUGGCCAUUUCCUUCUCAUCGACCAUCCUUCUGUCCGACUUUCGCAAUGUCCAACUCCUCCUCUCCUCCUCCACUUCUCUUGUUCCAGCGCUCGAGGCCUCUGCAGAGCUCGUCGGUCCAUUCGGUUUAUCUACUCCGGGGCCCGACCCGGGGAUCUGGCAGCAGUCCCUACAGACGUAUCCCACCUUUGGAGAGGCCACCAUGGAACCACCGACUGUUCGGGAUGGUUUCGCCGACACGGGGCUCAUUAAGCGGUCGUUGAUACCUCUUCAGGCUCAGAGCCGCAAGAAUCUCCGUUCAUAUCAGGGUGUUUCGGCCGUCUACACCUCUCGCGCUGCUUGUACGCGUCCUACGAUUUCUGGAAGUAUCACUGGCAUCGCACCCAUUACGGCCAUAUCCCAUCAGAUGGAGGAUGCGAAUCUAUCUGGCAGCAUCACUUGGGAAUCACAAAACGACAUCCCCUUCUUAAAUGGCCUGUCUUGUGGGCCUACGGGGUCAAAGUGCAAGUCCCUUCCCAUCAGCUGCGGCGUGCCAUAUGCCUAUAUCGAUUCCGACCAGGCCAUCCUGCCGCGCAACCCAACUUCAUUAUGCAACAUCCGCAGCUACAGGUACAAUUUCCUUCCCAAUGAGCCCGUCCCAGCUUUGUUCUUGGUGUUUAAUACCGACGUGAACACCGACUUUUGGGCCAAUGCGUCUCUAGCGGCUAUUCAACGAAACGAAAGCGGCAUUCAUCUCCCGGCGCAGACUAACUCGCAUGAAUGGGCCGUUAUGAAAUUUGGAGACCACUUUACUCUCAAUGCCUCACUGUGUCUCAUCAACUCAACGCUGACGAUGGAGGACGUCUCUCUCAGCACCACAGAGGAUCCCCUGGAGCCGGAGAUUCAGUACAAUGCUUCCAACAAGACCUGGUCUACCGAUGCCAUUGUCAACAUGGUGGAUACAACGGCCAACGCAUCGUACGUCUCUCGCGGCAUCAUGUCCCUUGAUUCGUGGACCGAUGUCUCGUCGGACGAGCUCAACGAGAUGUACGCCCAGUCGCCCAACUACAACCCCGACUUGGCCAGCAGCACCGAAGUCACGAGGCGCUUCCUCCAGGCCGUAAUCGACGGCAUCAACACCAACGAUUUCUAUCAGCAAGGGGGAAUCAACUUCUCCGUCUACAUCUGCGGCGUCUGCUCCCCGCUCGGGGGCUCCCAGAUCUCGAGCUCCACUUGGCAGACGCACCCGUACAUCAGCCUCGUCUUUCACGCCGUUGCCAACAGAACAGCAAGUAUCGCGCAGGCCAUGCAGGCGACCUUCUUCUGGCUCUACCAGGCGCAGUAUUCAAACGCCAUCCCCGGCUUCGACAUGGGCAACGACAGCACCAUGACCUGGUCGGCUGAGGCGCUGGUGCCCGUGGGCCGCAACGGUCUCAUCGUAGUAGGCGUGCUGGUGCUGGUCAACUUGAUCUGUGUGUUUGCGGUGACGGGCCUGUUCCUGUGGCGGACGCACUGGUCGCUGUAUGGGAACGUGUGGCAUGCCGUCGCGCAGUUGGUGGCUGGGUCGGAGAUUCGGCCGAUACUGGAGGAUGCGACGGCGGCGACGGACGAGGAGAUUGGCGACAAGUUGAAGAGCGAGGGCAUCAAGAGGAUCAAGGUUGGGUUGUGGGAUCAAGGGGGCGGGAGGUUGGCGGUGGCCAGUGGCUCCGACCACGCUGGAGGUGCAUAGUAUUCGGCCAGCUAUAAUAAUCUCUCUAUAUCUUCAUAUUUUCAUAUCUUUAUAGCAUUCUAACGAGUAAUAAUGAAAAUGAGCAUUUCCUUUUGGUUGGGU